AUGUCCAUGAACCCAAUGUCACAGCAACAGCAGCAGCAGCAUCACCAUGGAACAUGGCCUCGGGAGCCAGCCAUGCACCUCUACCACCACCCCUGCCAACUGGAGCAGAGAGAAGGCCACCAUGAGAGGGAGCAGAUGUUUGAGAAGUGUCUCACUCCCAGUGACGUGGGGAAGCUCAACAGGCUGGUGAUACCCAAACAGCACGCCGAGAAGUACUUCCCCCUCGACGGCAACUCGGGCGAGAAAGACCUGGCGCUGAGCUUCGAGGACGAGACCGGCAAGCCGUGGCGGUUUCGCUACUCCUACUGGAGCAGCAGCCAGAGCUACGUGCUGACCAAAGGCUGGAGCCGCUUCGUCAAGGAGAAGAAGCUCGACGCAGGCGACGUCGUCCUCUUCCAGCGUCCACGAGGAGGCGGCGACCGCCUCUACAUCGGGUGCAGGCGCCAAGGUGCAAACGAGACCCCGUCACCGGCUCGCACCGCCACCGGGCUCAACGAGAAAGCGCCGUGGAGCCGAGUGCACCGCACGGCCGCAGGGCCUCAUCCAGUGAGCCCGAGCGGCGCCUGCUCACGUCAGGCUCCGGUGCAACAGGACGGCCUUCGUCAUGCAGGAGAGACGAGGCAAGCCGCGGCGGAGAACACAGCAGUAGCACCUGGGGGCAAAGCAAAGCGACUGAGAUUAUUCGGCGUGAACUUGGAGUGCGGCCCGGCCUCCGACCGCCGGCCUUUGCAUUCCGCCUCAUGGUUAUGA